UUAGCGGUGUAAGGUAAGGAGAAUAAUGAAUUGAAAAGUUGUCAAAUUCCAGUUACCAAAAAAUAAAUAAUAAAUCAAAAGAGGUUGAAGUUGAGAUUUGUAGGCUCCUAAAUUGGUCAAAAACUCAAAGCAUAGUUUCAGAUUAAGACAAUAAUAAUAAUAAAAAAAUGUCUGGGAGAUUAUGUCAAAGAGACAGCGGGAUCAUGACGGCGAUGGUGGCGGUGGUUGUCUCCGACGUCGGAAUGAAUACUCUGUUUAAAGCAGCAAGCUCAAAGGGAAUGAGCUCUUAUGUAUUCUUAGUCUACUCAUAUGGAAUCGGAGCUCUUCUUCUUCUUCCUUCUCCUUUCAUCACCCACAGGUCAAGAUCUCUUCCACCGUUAAAGUUCUCAGUUCUUUGUAAAAUGGGACUUCUUGGAUUACUUGGAUGUGUGUAUCUGAUGUUGGNUUUCACAAAGGAAAAUGUUUUGUGUUAA